GAGAUCCAGAUCGCCAAGUCCCAUCUGCUGUCCGAGAAGAUCGAGGAGCUGCGGCGGGCGGAGCGGCGAUGCCUUCUCUUGGAGCGGAGGAACGCGGAAAUCGCCCACCGGAUCCUCACCAACAGGACCCAGAUCGAUGCCGUCGACGCCCGGUACCAAGGCGCCGCCCGCGAGUACAGGGACUUGAAGAGCGCGAUUGAGGAGCUGGAAGAGACGGAGAAGGAGAGGGACGGGUUUUAUGCUGCGAACAGGGCGGAGAUGGAGGAGUUCAAGGAGCGGCAGAGGAGGUUCGUUUCGGAUACUCGCGAAGAGGUGCGGAAGCUGCGGGAUUGGGUCUCGGAACUCAAAUCAUCUCUGAAACGCCUUCAAGGAAAUGAUGGAUAUCUCAAUACUGCUAAGAUUGCUGUCGCAGAGGCGAGAAAGUCUGAACUUUUAGCUGAAAAAGAGAAGCUGGAUAAGAAUUUAGCUUCAAGUUCCCAUUUGAGACAGUUGUUGCAGAAACAACUACAUAAAAUGCUGAUAUCAAAAGAUAGAGAAAAAAAUUCAACUACAUUACUUAAGGAUAAAGCUGAGAAAUAACGACGACGGUUGAGGUUGGUGCCGUUAUCUCUUUGCUGCUGUCAACUUGAACUAGAAUUAUGCUCUUUUUCAUUGUUACUAGUACUUGAUGCAGCAUGUCAUUUAGGACUCCAAUCCCAUUGCCAUUUCUAACCUUUAUUAAUUCUACAUAUCACUGUUUGGUUUUUAUUGCAAGACAUGUUUUCCUGAAAACAAGAAACAAUUUUAUCACUAAAAUUGUUCUAGUACUUCCAUAUCAUAUCUGGACAAGUUAGCACAUCAUG